AGCAAGAUGGCGGCUUUCUUGUGCUGACAUCGCCCCGUUCACAUUUCUUUCGAAUUUAUGUCAACAAUUCCGGCAAAUAAUCUGUUUCAGUUGAUGUACCUAUAAUGUCUUGAACAAUUUCAAGUGUGUUUGAAAUUAAAAAUAAGUGAAAAAUGUCUACCAGAUCACAGCUUACGAAGGAUUUAAACGAAUCGGUGAAAUCAUUGCUCGGAAAACAUGUCAAGAUCCUGCUGAAGACUGUCGUUAAAUUGGAAACAAAACCCGAUAAACUUGAAAACCGUGUAUUGGUAUUUUCACCAUGUCGUUUAUUCCUUUUAGCAGCAAAGGUGCCAACAAGGAUCGAUUUUCAUUUUCAUUAUUUGGAAAUAACAGCAGUAGAAUCGAAAAGAUCGAAUUUAUUAUGUCUCACAGUAGGAGAAAGAAUCUACAAUUUCACAACAAUAGGAGCUGGUGCAGACACUACCGAAGUCGAUGCAAUGAUCGAAGCUCUACAUACUGCCAUCCGAAAUAUUUUCCCUACAGUUCCUCUAAAUUACGUUAUAAGAAAAAUCGACGUGAUACCAGUUAGCAGAUUACAGAGCAUAAGAGGUAGUGAUUUGGCUCGAAGUACAGAAGCAACGAGGCACACUGGUCCUUGUGGAGGAUUUUCAACUCAAUAUGCUUGCAUGUGCGAUUUACAUGCAGUUCCAUAUAGAGAAGAAGUAGCUUGGGAUGUUGAUACGAUAUAUUUAUCUCACGAUACCAGAGAACUAAAUUUACGAGAUUUCGAUCAUCUUGAUCAAAAAGAUUUAGUGCCUAUUAUCUCGGCAUUAGAAUAUAACACAUGGUUCACUAAAUUGCGUGUUUCACAUUUAAAACUAAGUCAUGAGCCCUUGGAAAGAUUGCUACACGUAUUACGUAGAUCUCUUUCUAUUCAGGAAAUCUACUUGGACAAUUUGGGAGUAAAAUGGGAUUUUGCACAUAAAUUGUCAUUAGCUUUAAUCUCAAAUGCUAACUCCAUGUUGCAUACUAUAGAUUUAUCUAAUAAUAUGAUUGAAGAUAAGGGGGCCUCUAGCUUGUGUGGGAUAAUAGCCAAGUUAAUGCAAGGAGCUUCACAUUUAAAUGGACCAAUAACUAAACUGCCAAAAGGCCUGCAGAAAUUAAAUUUAUCACACUGUGGAUUAACUGGAAAAGGUGUGGGACAAAUUGCUCACGCUCUCAGUUUAAAUAGAAGCAUGCCAACUAGUCUUCAACAUUUAAAUUUUUCUGGUAAUACUUUAAAGGAUGACAUUAAUAAUUUAUGUAACUUUUUGGCGCAGCCUAAUAGUAUAACACAUUUAGAUCUAAGUGGUACUGAUACUACACUUGAAUGCUUGUUUGGCGCUCUGUUGCGAGGAUGCGCAACUAAUCUAGUCCACUUGAAUGUUGCUCGCAACUCAUUUUCAAGCAAAAAAACCAAAGAAAUUCCUCCUAGCUUUAAACAGUUUUUUACGGCCACUUUAUCACUCAAGUACUUAAACAUCUCUUGCUGUAAAUUACCACUGGAAGCUCUAAAACAUCUUUUACUUGGAUUGGCCUGUAAUGAAAGUACCGUUGGAUUAGAGCUAGAUAUGAGUGGAAAUAAUUUGGGAUCAAUGGGUGCACACGUUCUUGAAUCAUGUAUUCAUGGUGUACGAUGCAUAUCGUCUCUUGACAUUUCAGACAGCAAUAUGGAUGUUGAUUUGGCUCAAGUGAUAACAGCAGUUGGAAAGAAUAAAUCCAUAAAACAUUUGUAUAUGGGACGUAAUACAGCUGGAAUGAAAAGUAAACAUAUUGCAGUCAUUACAGAUGCAUUGGUUCAAAUGAUACAGGAAGAUGAUUGUGUAUUGCAAGCUCUACAUUUGCCUGAUUCAAGACUAAAAGGAGAUCUCUACAAUUUGAUUAAUGCUCUCGGUAGUAAUACAUGUCUUCAUACAUUAGACAUUAGCGGCAAUCAAAUUGGUGAUCCUGGUGCAAGACUUUUGGCCAAGGCUUUGCAAAUAAAUAAUCAUCUUAAAGUGAUCAUUUACGACAGAAAUAACAUUGGUCUUCAAGGAUAUUCAGAUAUUGUUCACGCUUUAGAAAAUAAUUAUAGUGUGAGACACAUGCCCUUUCCAAUUUUCGAUCUACAGCCAUGUAUGAAGGCGUCAGCUGAAAAAACAGAACAGCUGGUGAGAAAAAUUCAAGAUCUUCUUCAAAGAAAUGUCACACCGUGUAAAUAUAGUCAUGGCCAGGCUUUUAGGCUUCAACAGGGAUUUUUAUUGAGUUCUACACAACAAAUGGUUGAUCGACUUGUGGUACAAACACAAGAUACAAUCAAAGCUUUAGCCGCAGAGAGUUGUGAUGCUAAUAAUGAUAUUAAUUACGCGACGGGACUCAUACAAGAUGCUGAUAAUUCUAAACAGCUUCUUCCAAGGUUGCAUGAAAUGCUGCAAAGAAAAGACGAGAAUAAUCCUAUUGAAAUAAAACUCAUACAAAUGGCUGAUGAGAUUCACAAAGUUGUUUCUGUUUAUUUGAAGGAUUCAUUGGAUUCAAUGCUCAAGUGUGCUAACGAACAGUGUCCAACUAUUCUUUCGCAAACUGUGAUAAAAGACGAAGAAAGUGAUCCAAUAACUGUCGAAUGUGAUCUUCGCGCUUCAUGCAAAGAAAGAAAUCAAGUUAAUCAUGAAUUUAUUCAAAGAACAAUUAGUGAACAAGCUGGCGCUGAUAUUCUUAAUAAAGUAAAUGAACUUAAUUUGGCAGUGGCUGCCCACGUUUCCGAUCGUGUCACUGACGAAGUCAUUGAAUCACUGUCAAGAAGUUAUAAAAAUUUGAUUGGAGAUUCGGAAUGUAGAACAAGAAGUAGCACUCCAGAUGUUUUGCGACCAAGUGCCGGAUCGAUGAGCAGUGGAAGUGUAAUUGGUGUCGCAGUCGGAACUCAAUCAUUGAGUAUUGGUAGAUCAAGUCUUGUUUCAGAAGAAGAAAGCACGCCCGAGAAUUAUUCUUUAACGAGCACUUUGGGUCCAUGCGUCACCGAUCCUUCACCCAUGAAAUUGGAUUAUUUGAAUCUUGCCACUCCUCAUUUGUCGAAUAAACGCAAAAGUUUGCAUGGAAGAAAAUUAAGGCCUAAAUCAGUUGUCGAUUCUGUGGAAGGUCUUUCAGCUGAUGAUAUUCCUGACUUACUUCCUUCACUUCCAAAGGGUCAAACUGAAGGAAUAUCGGAAAACGAACAUUCUUUAACAGAGUCUUUAGAUUCAGUUUCUGAGUUGCCAAAUACUGUUGGUCAACAAUUGCAGCAUCUUGUAAAAUCGAGGCCAAAGAGAGCAAAAACGAGAGCACCAUCUAGACCAAUGUUAAGACCGGAUCAACAACCAAAUGGACUUACUCUGGGCGAAGGUCUUGAUGUUUUCUUCAGACCUACAACACCCACUACACCUCUUGUAUCACCUACAAGUGACGACAGUUCCCUGCAUACUUUCCCAACUGAAGGCAGUCCAAAUUUAUCAACAAACAGCCAAAAGAGUAUUCCACCUGAUGUGGAGAAAAAACACGGUUGCAGUUCACCAAUGUUAAAAACACUUCUCGAACCUGCACCACGUUCAAGAUCGAGUGAUAAUUUGGAAAAAUUCUCACCACUCAUUGGCAGAAGAUCACAGGGUGAUUCACCAUUGACAUCAUCGCCUCUUGCACGUCGAAUGAUUAAUGAAAAUACACAUGAGAAAACACUUUAUGAGACGAGUGCAGAAUCGGGAAUUAAUAAUGAGAGUAUGUCAGAUUCAUUGCAAAGAAAUACAUUGCCAAUUGUUGGUUCAAGUUUAACAUCGCGACCCGCUUUAAAGGAGACGAGUAGUGAUGAAAAUAAUGCACGACUUUUACAAACGAGUGCCAGUUUUAGUACAUCGGAUAAAGAUGCAGAAACAAGACGUGCACUUAUGAAGCGUGCAGACACUGAAAAAAGUGGUCAAGUUUCUUCCGUUAAAUUACGUUCAACUGGUUUUGAUCUUAAAAGUCCAACUAAUGGAGCAACUUCAAAGAAUUAUAAUUACAAUGAUACAACAUCUAAAUCGCCAGUUUUAAAAUCAAUUGCCAAAGGUAAUAAUGGUAAUUUAAUGGUGGGGAAAACAACACCGCCUAUCACGGCACCAAAACCACGACCUUGGAGUAUGGCCGCUGAUCGAAAAUCAGGUGAAUUCAAUUUGCUUAGCGAUGGUUCGAGUCCAAAUACAUCGGCUGGUAAUACACCGGAUUCAGGUGAUGCUUUAGAUGAAUCAACUGAUAGUGGAGUGAGUGGACCAGCUUCUUUGCCACCAACGUUAUCAGGAAGUAGUACGACUAGUUCUUUGAGUAAUUCAAGUGUCGAGAAAAGAUCGGUGAGAGAAUUAGCGGCUAGUUUGACCAAAACAAAAAUGGAUAAAAAGGAAAACGAACUUACCGCACCCGCAGCAUGGAGGUCGGUGCUUCGUCGUUCUGUCAAACCAGCAUCAAAUAAGGCAAUGGAAGCUCCGAAAACGGCUGAAUUGCCGCAAAUUGCCGUUAAAUUACGGCGCACUUCAUUUUUGCGCGAUUCAAAUUUCAAUUAUGAUAAUGAUGUUGUUGAUGUUUGAGUCUCGUUUCUGAUUUUCGUUUGAAAAAAUUUUAAAACGAUUGUGCCAAUCCUGUAAUUUUUAUUAUGUCAGGAAACAAUUUCCCUUUUAUUUAAUUUUUUUUUUUGUUUGUUUAAAUUUUUACGAAUAGUAGAAACAACUACAUUCCAAUAUUGCAACGAUGCCAUAUUAUAAUACUUAGAAAAAGAAUAGCGACUCAGUUCAAUAUUAGGUACAGGGUACGAUUAUUCUCUUUUUAUAUAUUACCUAUAUAUAAAUAUAUAUAUGGACUGCAGUGAUAUAUAUAUUCCCUUGAACACAAAUUUCGUACUUAAUCUCUGAGAGGAAAAAAAAGGGAACGUCUUUGUAAAUACUGAACGUGAAACAAAAAGUCAUAUAAUUUAAAAAAAAAAUUAUUUACUGAAAUUGUCACGGGAUAUAACUACUUUUUUUGUUGAAAAAUUAUUUAAAGAAACAGAAUAUUGAGGGGGAAAAUAAUAGAUAUGACGAAAAAUGCAUGUGAAUUUUAUCCGCAAGACUGUUUCUGAUUUUAAUACGUGUUUUUAUUUUAUGAGCAAUUUUCUUUUUAAGGAGAUUUUGAUAACUUCGUGUUUGUUUUUUUUUUAAUUUGAGCGUAAGUGCCUAUUAAAGCCAGUUACCGUGUCAGUUUUUUUUUAUUUUAUUUUUUUAAUUAAGUUUUCUCCAAUUGGAAGAGUCUUCCUAUGCAAGGCAGCAAGGUGUUAUUUUUAAAUGAUUACAUUUUAAUCGCGAUAUUCCUGAUUACACUGAAAAAAAGUUUAUAGUAAAUUUUUAAUACAAAAAAUACUGAAAAAAAGUUUGUAGUAAAUUUUUAAUACAAAAAAUAGUGCAAAAAUUAUUUGCAUAGAGAAAAAUUUUAGAAUCUUAAUGCCUCUGUUUUUCAAAAGUUAAAGAUAAUUUUUCUUUUAAUUUUUAUUUCAAAAAUGUAAUUUCUUAACCCUUAUCGAUUUAUUAAGAUUUUAGUUUAAUAAUUUUUAGGUCAUAAUUUAAAUUAUUGUAAUUAAAUUUAGAUCUCAAUUUUAUUAAGUUGUUUUUUUUAUUAAAUAACUUAAUAGUUUUAUUUAAAAAUGGGAAAAAUUUUACGAAAACUUUAUUUUCAGUGUAACUUCCAAGCCUAACAUUUAAGAAGCAGAAUUUUACAAAAAAAAUGUGUCAUUCUGAUGAUACAUAAAAAUCUCAUAUUCCAAAAUAUUAUGAUAAUAUAUUAAUAUUAAAUCAUUGCAAUCGUGAAACUCAAUUUCGCUAUAUAAGGAAAGAAAAAAAAAAUAUUUAAAUAAUUCCUUCAAUGAAAUUAAUCCUGCUAAAAAACGAAUUGAAGAAUAUAAUGUAUUGUAAAAGCAGGUUGUAUUUAAAAAUUAAGACAAAACUAUAUAGUUGUCCGAGUCAUAGUUUAUAUAUUUUAAUUAGUAAUUUAAUGUAAAUUUUAUGGGAUAUAUUUCUGGGAUGAUAUAUGUACAUUAUAUUGUGAUUUGUUGGUUUUAUAAUAGCGAAUGAAAUAGGCGUGUGUGCGAAUGUAAAUAUUUUAUGUAAACUAGUUUCAAUAUUUUGCGAGAAAAUUUUUAUUAUAUUCAUCUGAAAAAGUCAGAUUGGUUAAUUAAAUUAUAAUCUAUAAAAUUUAUACUAAAAAAAAAAUAAAAUCUCAUAUCGAUGAUUUAUAUUUCGUAAUCGAUAGAUAAUCAAGUAUUUUACAAAAAAAAAAAACUUUUCUCUAAAAAAAACACAUUUCAAAAGUAUUUAAUCUCCGUUUUUAUUAUAUACACAAUUAUUGAAAUGUGCAAUAUAUGGAAUUUCAUAAAUUUCAUUCAAUUUUUUAUUUUUUAAAAGGGAAUUUUUGUUUGUUUGUUUUAACAGUUUUAUUUACUUGUAGAAAUUUAUUGCAAUUUUAUUUUUUGUUAUACACAUUUAAAUCAAUUUGUUGAAAACUAUAUUAUACGAUGAAAGUAUUUGGAUCGAUCUGACUUUACAUGUUUCUUCCGUAUGUAAAUGAAUAUUCUUCCUCGAUAUUUUAGGUAUUUUAUAAGAGUAUUUAAACAAUUGUGAAACAAAUUUUUUUUAUUCAAUCAAUUUAUUAUAUUUCGAUACGAAACUGCGAUUAAUUUUUUCCAAAAUUCUUAUAUUUGAAAAUUUCGGUGUAACAUUGAAUCAGUUUUUUUUUCAGUAUUAUUUCAAGAUUUUGCGAAAUUUGUUUAAGAACUCAUCAAUUUUUAUCUUACAUAUGUAAAUUUCUAUUAACUGAAUCUAGAGAAUCGAUUUAUAGAACAUUUCGAAAUGAAAGUAUUAGAAUUUUUUUUAAAUGUAUCGAAAUAUAAUAUAAAGGCAAUUACAAUUUUUUUGUCCAUUCUCAUGAUGUGUUAUAAUUUGAUUUAAAAUUUUAGAAAUAAUGUCAAAUUUUUAAUUUUUUUGGCGUCAACGAAAAAAAAAUUUUUUUCCAUAAAAUUUGUUAGCAAAGAAAAAAAAAAUUUGUCAAUAUUGAGAUUUUACGUCGAUGAUUUAUUGCACAGCAUUAGAUGCAAUACACAUAUGUAUAACAAUAUUGUAAUUUUAAAGGACUUUUAUAUGUAUAUUCAAUAAUUUAAGUAUGACAUAAGGAGAAUAAUAGACAAAAAUGAUAAAUUUUAGAGUAUAAAGUAUAAAUUUAGAAAUUCAACUAAAAUAAUCUCAAAAAUUAAGCCAAAAUUUCAGUAUAUAAACUGAAUAAAAAAAACUUCUUCAUCUUGUUCUAAAAAAUUUACUAAGUAUGAUAAAAAAAACUGCCCUUUUAGAAUUUCUAUAUUAUUUUCAAAAUAAAAACUUUAAUAUUCUGGAAAAAGUUUAUCAUUUUGCAAAAAAAAGAAUAUUUAUUCGCCUUAGGAAAAAUGAAUCACUUUUUAAUUAAAAAAAGAAGUCUUUACAACUGUUUUUACUUUUUCUAAAAUUAGACUUUUUAAUUUUAUAAAGAAAAAAAAGACAGUUAUUUAAUUUUUCCAUUGGAAAGCCAAGAAGGAAAAAAAAAAUUAUUCUUUUUAAUAUGAGUUUACCAAAAUAGUUGUAAGAAAAUAAAGUGUAUUUAAAAUUGUAUAGACAAUGUGAAAUCCGGUGUCGAUUAUAAUUGACUUUUCAUCUCUCUCUCUUUUCUUGUAAAGGAAGAAAGAAAUUAAAUGGAAUUAUAUUAAGAUUUUUUAUGCAAAAUAAGAAAAAAAAUCACUUCUAUUAUAAUUGAAUUAUUUGAAUAUUAAAAUAAUUCAAUUUGAAAAUAAAGAAUAUAAUUCACAGUUCAAAUAAAAUAUUUUCGAAAAAAGUGGUUUUUUAUUUCUUAUUUUGCAAAUUUGAACAAAAAUUAUGCCUGAAAUUUGUAAUAAAACCGGGCCUACAUCAUAUUUCAGCCGACAAAUAAAUAGUCAUAUUAAAAAGUGAAA